GGCCGUACGGGAGCGUGUGUGAAGCCGUGCCCGACCCCCUGAGCCAGCGCCGCCGUCGCCAUGCCCGGGCCCAACCCCAGCGCCACGAGCGUCGGCUCCUCCGGCCGCUCCCCUAGCAAGGCCGUGGCUCCCCGCGCGGCGGGCUCCACUGUCCGGCAGAGGAAGAAUGCCAGCUGUGGGACAAGAAGUGCAGGCCGUGCCACUUCCACAGGUACUGGUGGGAUGUGGCGGUUCUACACUGAGGACUCUCCAGGGCUCAAAGUUGGGCCUGUUCCAGUUUUGGUCAUGAGUCUUCUUUUUAUUGCUUCUGUGUUUAUGCUGCACAUCUGGGGUAAAUACACUCGUUCAUAGACUCAGCUGCCAACUUAAAGCAUACAUCUUGGACCAAAAAUAUGGUGGAUCCUGGUUGUUCUUGGAAAGAGACUGGGGAAGCUUCCUAUCACCUGUUGAAGUCCUGUCAACUUUGGCUCUAAUACUGAAUGAAUUUCUUAGUUCGCUAUUUGGGCAGGUUUAAAGUCUGUCAUGGGUCAUUUUAUAUUUGUAUCUCUACACUUAGAAUACAGGUAUUGCAAUAAAAGUUGUAUAUGGAAAUAGAAACAGUCUUAACUGUAUUUUUUCCUCCUAUUCCAAAGUGCCACAACUAAAACAUCAUACUUGUGGUUUUCAUAUGUAACCAUAUUUCUGAGCAAAUGCCGUUUGACAGUUCCAACCAGAUUCUUCUAUACUGUAUAUUGCUGUAUAAUUUUAUGCCAGAAGAUCUUUUUUUGUGAAUGGGAGAGGCAAAAUCAGGUGCACAAACAUGCAAAGGUAACAAACGUGUUUGUUGAAAUAAAGCUGAGG